GGGCGCCGGGAGGGCCGCGCCGGCGGCAUCCUGUUCAACACCGGGGCCGGGCAGCACAUCCUGAAGAACCCGCUGGUGGUGAACAGCAUCGUCGAUAAGGCUGCCCUGCGCCGCACCGAUGUCGUUCUGGAAGUGGGCCCGGGAACUGGAAACCUGACAGUAAAGAUGCUGGAGAAAGUCAAAAAAGUUAUUGCAUGCGAAAUUGACCCUAGACUUGUUGGUGAGCUUCAGAAGAGAGUCCAGGGCACGUGCCUAGCAAACAAACUUGAAAUCAAGGUUGGAGAUGUCUUGAAAACAGACUUACCAUUCUUUGAUGCAUGUGUGGCUAACUUGCCUUACCAGAUUUCUUCACCUUUUGUUUUCAAGUUAUUGCUUCAUAGACCUUUUUUCAGGUGUGCAAUCCUUAUGUUCCAAAGAGAAUUUGCACUUCGUUUGGUUGCAAAACCAGGAAGUAAGCUGUACUGCAGACUGUCUAUUAAUACCCAGUUACUGGCUCGAGUGGACCAUCUAAUGAAGGUUGGAAAGAACAACUUCAGGCCUCCUCCCAAAGUCGAAUCCAGUGUUGUCAGAAUAGAGCCAAAAAACCCACCACCACCCAUCAACUUCCAGGAGUGGGAUGGUCUGGUAAGGAUAGCCUUUGUUAGGAAAAACAAGACACUCUCUGCAGCAUUUAAAUCAAGUGCUGUAGAGCAAUUGCUGGAUCAUAAUUACCGAAUUCAUUGUUCCUUACAUAAUACAGAAAUCCCUGAAAACUUCAAAAUUGCAGAGAAAAUACAGACAGUUCUUAAAGAUACUGGUUACUCUGAAAAACGAGCACGCUCAAUGGAUAUAGAUGAUUUCAUUCGAUUGUUACACGGCUUCAAUUCAGAAGGCAUCCAUUUUUCAUAGAUACUGCUGGAAAGAUGCUGUAUUUUUUCACCAAAGUUUUACCCAAGCCAGAGUGAGUGCAAUGGGACAAGCUCCUCAUAAAAUCAAUGAACAGAAUAUGCUUGGACUCAAAAUAAAAUGUUAGAUGCGGUUUUAUCACAGACAGAUAGGCAAGAAGCUGCUGCUCAGUAUUUUAAAAGCAGUAAAUUCUUUCAAAGCUGAAGUGAGGUGCUGGACUACCUCAUGACUAUAUGUAUGUUUUUCUAUAUAUAUCCAAAACAUAGAUUGACAGUAAUUGAAAUCUGUAUUCUCCAACGAUGGACUUCACCUCAGUAUAUUCAUGCACUGUACUCAACAGUACAACCCCUGAGGGGUCUGGACAGCAACAAGGAAGUUGAAGUAAUUCCUUUUUUUUGGUAUCAGUCGUUUGCGUCUUUGUUUUAAAGUAUUUAAACACUUCCUUUUGAUUUUAAAUGCCUGUCUCUCUCAUCCCUGUGGUAACUGCCAAGCCUGUUAGUAAUCUGCUUCGCUUAGAGAAUUCCAGUGAGUGUUUCUCAGAAAACAAAAGAAUUUACCUUGUGGACUUGAUUAUCAUUUAGAGAAUUGCCUUUACCCUCUUGUCCACUGUAGGAACGGGAAAAAAACUACCAGUGAGCCAGGGCUCAUAAACACAGCAGCAGGGUUGGGUUUUUUGUUAACUGAAUUCCAGCAGCUGUUUUUUAAGGUAACUACUUCGUUAAGGUAGGGAAAAGUUUUAGUACAUACCAUAGCUUUCAGUGAGAUUUAGAGCAAUGCAUGCAAAUUAGCAAAAGCUCCUCUAAGAAAAACUUUAUUUUUACACAUUAUUGAAUCAUUAAGGUUGGAAAAGAUGUCCUGAGCCCAGCUAGCAGCCAUGACAUGCCAUUGUUUUUUUAAAAGUCAUUGAUUCAGAAGAAUUACAGGCAUCCUGAAGCAUUGAUUUCAAAAACUGAAUUGCAUAUUUAUUUCACAGUUUAAUAGAUCAGUAAUUCUAGAGUUUCUUCACUUCAUGCAGAAUCAAAUAAUGAAUUAGGUAAAAAGCUACCAGGAAUAUGGUUGGACUAAUACAGAAGGAACAAGUGCUGAAGAUAGGUGUCACACUUCCAUUGUUUUUUUCUUUUAGCUGUGAUGGGUGAUGAUCUUAAAAAAUGCUCAGAAAGACGUUAUUUUUUUAAAAAAUCUGCUGCAAAACUAAAGUCAGGACAGUGGUCUGGAGACUUCUUUCUAUAUAACAGCUUGUACAGAAGAGUUGGCUUCAUUUUGAAAUCAGAAGCUUUUUCAAAAACGUAAGUGAUGUGCUUACAAACUGAAACCCUUCCCAAAGCAUAACAGAAAUUCAGAGAUGUAAUUCAUUUAAUAGCUUUAUUUAUUAAACACAUUAUGUAAAAUCUACAUUGUUUCAGUUUUCAUGUUUACACACAGGAGGAUUUGUUUUUAACCAUGAUGCGACAAGAGCUUCCCAUAGUCUACCUUUCUAUGGGAGAUACAAACAUUAAACACUACAAGAAGUUCUGGCUCAUUUAACUCUCUUUCCAUUGCCUUCCCUUUAUUCCCCUCCUCCAGGCCUGGCACAAAUAAACAGGCUUGUAUUCCAAAAGUAAUCUUUAAACAUUUCCAAGGGAAAGUCUGCUGAUACAAACUCCUGGAAAGAGGGAGAACUAGAGAGGUCUACAGUUCUUCAUUAGACAAGAAGUUCUUACAUGAAAGGUCAAUCUUUUUUUGAUACUGACUUGCAAAAAUAACUUGAGUGCCACCACCUAAAAAGUGCUGAUACACAUGGCGCCAUUUGUGAGAAUUCAGGUAUUGUGGGAUUUCUAUUAGCACUAGGUAGAGGUAUUGUGCAAAAUCGUCAAAUGAUGCAAUUUCACCCCACUUUUCAGCUGCUGGCACUGUACAAAGGGAAAAGUAUUAGCUACUUCUUAAAGCAACAGAACUACUCAAGCUACUGCAAACUACGGUUAAUGUACAUGUAACUUUGUCAUGCAUCAAAAUCCAAGUUUUUAAAACAGUAUGUGAAAGGCCAGUAUGGACAUAUUUAUCCCCAAAGUUUGAUAGUUAACUUAUCCAUACAUAGCAUUAUCACACACAUUAUCACCACAUAUCAUAUUAUCUGCAUUAUCCUAAGAUACAACUCUCCUCAGUACUUAAAACAUUACCCUUUAAUAUACAUCAACUAAUUUAUAUUUUUGUGGGUUUUUGUUGAUUUGUUGGUUUUUUUGGUUUUUUUUAGUUGUUACAGAUAAGAUGCUAAAAUCAUAUAACCAUUCUUUAUGGUAUUCAAAUAAAUCAAGAUUCCAGGUUUUUACAAGAAAAAUGGAAUGUCCAGCUGUUCAUCCACUCUUAAAAGCCUGCAGUUCCUCUUUAAAUGAUAUGGCACAUCCUGUGAAAUGAAACUAGCCACCAAAAAAUAAGUCUUCUGAAAACACAUCAAGAAUGUACACACACAAUAAAGUAAUUUAUAUUGACAAAUAAGGAAUGUAUUCUUUAGGCUGUGCUUCAGAACAAGGAUAUUUAGGGUUAAGUAGCCUUCAUCAAGGCA